GAAAAUAUACCUGAAUGUUAAAUAUAUCUAUAUAUAAACUUUUCACCGUUUGCCGUGUCAAGCUUUCUUCUUGGUGAUUAUGUAGGACAUAGUUGGGAAAUGAACGGACCCUAUUCCCAGAUAGUGGAUUCGUCCCAACACUGCCAUGUUGGAUGGAACUGGCUCCGGGCUCUCUAGCGGCCGGACUUCCCAGGAAAGUUUUUAUCGGUCUCCGUCUUCGCUCAGUCGCUGCAAAUUUCACUUUAUUUUAAAGAGGAGCGGGACAUCGCACGGCAUUCCUAAACGGCAUACAUUUUUUUUUGGCACCACAGUCUUGCGGACCCCCGGGAUAAACCUAACCGGUGUGAGGGGGUCGGAGGAAGGCCACGGAUGACCGAGGGAUUGUUUAUGUAUCUUUUUGGGUCGCAUAUAACGAGUUAGAGUCGGUGCAUACUUUAUACAUUGACCACUAAUAAUGAGUGGACAUCCGCCGCAACGGCGGCAAACAAAUGUCGGUUCCAUACUACUGACACCGCAGGAAAAUGAAUGCCUUUUCAACCACCUUGGCAGGAAAUGCAUCUCUUUGUCUUCAGCAGUGGUCCAGGUGUUCACAGCAGAUAGGAACUCCAGCUGGAACAAGAGAUGCUGCGGGGUGGCCUGUCUGGUCAAAGACAACCCCAAUCGAUCCUACUUCAUCAGGGUCUUUGACAUCAGGGACGGUAAGAUGAUGUUUGAACAGGAGCUGUACAGCAACUUCAGCAUCAACACCCCCAAACCCUAUUUCAUCACAUUUGCUGGAGAUACAUGCCAAGUGGGUUUGAACUUUGCCAGUGAGGAGGAGACCAAGCGUUUCUACAGCCAUGUGUCAGAGCUAAUUGGGAGAAGACAGAGGAAAACUGAGAAGAGACGCGACCCUCCGAAUGGUCCUACGUUGCCCAUGGCCACCGUCGACAUCAAAAACCCGGAGAUCAACAGUGUUCAUCGUUACCAUAACAACUCUCAGGUGAACAACAUUGUGCACUCCUCCUUUCCCAAGAGGGAGAAAAAGGGCAAGGGCAAGAGGAAGAGGUUGACCAAGGCAGACAUCGGCACACCGAGCAACUUCCAGCACAUUGGGCAUGUAGGAUGGGAUCCAAACACAGGCUUUGAUUUGAAUAACUUGGACCCAGAGCUAAAGAACCUGUUUGACAUGUGUGGCAUCUCCGAGGCUCAGCUGAAGGACAAGGAGACCUCUAAGGUCAUCUACGACUUCAUUGAGAAGAAAGGAGGCGUAGAAGCUGUCAAAAAUGAGCUACGGAGACAAGGUCCGCCCAGGUGGAGUGCUCCUCCACCCCCUCCAUCCAGAGGCGGCCCUCCACCCCCACCCCCACACCACGGCUCAGCUCCUCCCCCCCCUCCUCCUGCCCGUGGGCGAGGUGCCCCCCCACCUCCUCCCCCUUCCAGAGCCCCCAUCUCUGCACCCCCACCUCCCCCUCCAUCUCGCCCAGGCAUGUCCGCUCCACCGCCUCCCCCUCCAAGCCGAGGCUCUCUCCCGCCUCCCCCUCCGCCAGCUCAUGCCUCAAUUCCUGUGGCGCCUCCCCCGCCGCCUCCUCCCCCCUCAUCCUCAACUCCAUCAAGUACUGGAGGUCCACCUCCUCCCCCUCCUCCUCCACCACCACCCGGCCCUCCACCCCCUGCUCCUCCGCUGCCCACGGAGGCUAACGGAGGGGACAGCAGCCUGCCCUCAUCCGGGAACAAGUCGGCGCUGCUGAGUCAGAUCAGAGAAGGCACCCAGCUGAAGAAGGUGGAGCAGAAAGAGAGGCCAGUGUCCAGCACCGGCAGAGACGCACUACUGGACCAAAUCCGGCAAGGAGUCCAACUUAAAACGAGGGAAGACAGUAACGAUUCAGCUCCCUCCACCCCGGCCCCCUCGGCUGGCAUCGUAGGGGCCCUGAUGGAGGUGAUGCAGAAAAGGAGCAAGGCUAUUCACUCUUCAGAUGAGGAUGAUGAUGAUGAAGAUGAUGAGGAUUUUGAGGAUGAUGAUGAGUGGGACGACUAGCGAAUUUUUCCUUUUUUUUUUUUUUCCCCUCCCCUACCCAACCCCUGAUGAUUAUGACACUAAAAAUUGUCUUGUCUUUCUAUAAAGAAAUCUUUAAUUUCAAAAUUAUAAAUGUAAAUGUUCUAUCAAUUUGCUGUAUAUUUUUGUUGCCUUUAUGCUUUUUUAUUAAUCUGUGCAAUACCUCAUUUAAUCUGUAAAUCUGUUUGUCAUUCUCAUAUCUUAGGUUGUUUCUUUAUCCUUGUCACGUCUGUCUUUGUUCCUGUUUGUUCCAUGUCUGCCUCUUGAUAGUGAUAUGUCUCACCUGUCGUUUUAACUAUGUUCUGCCUUUUUUUCCCCAUCUUUUUCUCCUCCUCUCACGUCCCCAGUUCUUUGAUGCCUAUCACCUCCAUCUGUCACUCAGCCUCCCAUGACAGGUUUCCUUCUCAUCACUCUCCUAUGUCCCCAGUCCCCAGAUUAAUGUGCAAUUUGACAUCAAGUUGUCUCUUAGAGUUGAAUGUUUUUUUUUUUCUUUUGGUCAGUGAUUGAAGAGAAGGCUCACAAAAUAAGUCGGCACCUUCAUUAAUCAUGUCAUCAUUGUUUGUCAGGAGGAAAAAAAAAAUUGAACUAUUUUCAUACCCUAUUGCUCUGUAGUUUAUUUUUACUUAUUCAGAUGAUCCUAGUUUAGCACUCAUAUUUUCUUAAAAGAAAGAAGAAAAAAAGAAAAUGCUCUUUUUUGGAAUAUUUAGCUUCAUUUGCUGUCGACUGUAAAUUUGCUCCAGAGUUUGAGUCUUGUUAUAUUUUUGCACAGAUUGAAAGAGGAGACUCGCUGCAUCAAUACAGGACAUUUUCAGGUCUGUAUCAUUAUGGAACAUGCAUAUGCUUUAAGUAAUGAGGCUAAAUACACUUGGAUGUCAAACAUUUUUAACCUUUAACCCACCAUACUACAUAGCGUAAAAGCAUGGCGAUAGCCCUCAGUGCUAUGGCUGGCUGUUGUGAAUUUUUGUUCUUUUUUUUUUUUGUCACUGUCACACUACAGAUUCAUUUGAUUUUUUUUAACAGUAGCAAACAGAUUAUUAAUAAAUGCCUGUUUGUUGGAAUCAGGUCACUCAUCGUGUAAAGCUUGAGGAAUAAAGACAUUUUAGUUUUACACACCUGAUGCUUAAAAUGGGUCCAUAUGCUAAGUUACUGUACAGAAACAGCAGGACUAAAGUAUUGUUUUCCUUGUUGUAGACACUAAGUGCUGACACCAUAUAGGGACAAACAUUAGAUUCAUGGCAUUAUUCAAACAAGAAUCAACACUGUCUUGACUAACUAGUACAUAAUGAGGUGUAACAUAAGAAGUGCUUAUAUGAAAACUCAGACAGUGGUCAGUUAUUCCCUACAAAGACCAAAUAAUCAGGCGUCAACCUGUAUUUUAUCCACAUAAAUAAUUUUUCCCAGUAAUUCUUGGAAUAUGCUUUGUAUAAAGGUGGAUUUGCCACAAAGGAAAAUAGUGAUGAAUACUAGAUGAUUUCAUCAGUCACGGCAAAGGAUUAUAAAAAAAAAAACUGCCCUGUGACUACAGAUUGGCCCAGUGUGGAAAACCCAUCUAGUCAGGCUCAAAGCAGAAUAAAAGUUUAAAGCUCUUAUUUCAGCAGUUCCUUACAUUACAGUCUAAUAUGGAAACUUUUGCAUUGCUUGUAGAUUUGGGAAAUUUGUGAAAAUGAGCUGCAUAUAGCACUCAGUGGCUCAAUGUGAAAAUUAUACAGGCAGAAACGUUAAAAAAAAAAAAGUAGCUAACUGCAUAUUCUUAGGUUGUAG